AUGCCGAAGUCGCGUCGACGUUCCUCCGCCGGCAAGUAUGCAAAGCCUAUACGUCCGUGCACAUACGAUCUAGGCUAUGUACGCCAGGAUAUGUACGCGUGCAUCAAAUGCACAAAAGCCGCCAACGGGCAGCUCUCCGGUUUUUGCCGCGGAUGUCGUGAAUCGUGUCACAGCGACCACCCAGAUUCUGUCAUCGAGCUCUACACCAAGCGUCAUUUUCGUUGCGACUGCGGGAACACCCGCGCUCGAAACGCUUGCUCCUUGCAGCCGAACAAGGACGAUAUCAACCUCGAGAACGAAUCUUGCUACGGCCACAACUUUGUCGGCCGUUAUUGCCGAUGCGAUAACACCUAUGAUGCAAGUCUCGCCAUGGUCCAAUGCGCCAUGUGCGAGGACUGGUUCCACGAAAACUGCUUCAAGACAGAUUCCGUGAGACGCGGCUCCAAAUCAAGUCAUAAUAAUCUCGACCUUGUGUAUGAAUUCACUUGUCGUGACUGCGUUGCCACUCUACCGGUUCUCACAGAGUAUUAUGAGCUGUACAACAUCUGGGGUCGCGACAAAUCCCGCAUCAAGUCACCCGACCGCAGAUCAAGUCGAUGCACCCGUCCUUGCAAUGCCGAUAUCGCCCUCAAACCUGGCGCUAUAGAUUUUGUCUGGCGGCAAGGCUUCCGUCUCACGCUUUGCCGCUGCACCGAUUGUUGCAAACUGUAUGACACCGCCGGCGCAAGUUAUAUCAUUGACAGGGGCGACUUUAUCGGCGCUCCCGCACAGGAAGAUACUUCCAUUCUAAACGCCACAAAUGACGAAGAGAUCCUGCAAGAUGUUAUCGACGGUGACUGGCGUCUCUCGAGGAAGAGGAACCGCGAUGAUGUGAUGGAAAGUGAACCUAUCCCGAGGAAGCCGGCUGCUGCCUCGUCAUCUGCUUCCCCUGUCGGAAAUCUGCUUUCUACGGAGGAGAUUUCAGAUAUCCGGAGUCGCAUCAGCUACUUUCUCAAAGAAACUAUUGAGAGCAAUGGAGGAAGCAUUAAUCCAGAUUCGCUGCGGGGCUAUUUGUCUGACUUGAAAGCCGAUUUGUUGUUGAGCCUCUCCGAAAAGCUCAAGUCGUAGCCUGCAGCAUGGUGUGAUCCUUGGGCAUUUGUCGUUGAUGCCGCACAUGGGGUCGUUUUCUUGUGAGAAUGCCAUGCUAAGGCAAUGUACAAUAUGUGAAUUCUCGAUCCCGCCGUGAUCUCUUUACAAACAUGACGCUGAAAGAUAGUGCGACGCAAGAAGUGUGCGUCAGACUGUGCUCCAGUAGUCUUAACAUGGAGCUGUUCUUUUGAUCAGCAGGUAAAAGGUUUACCUAUUGAAUUACGGUUGAAUAAAAAAAUGCGAGAGGGCAAUUUCUGGA